AUGUUCGCAGCUGGAGUCUCCAUCCUAGCGUACAACGAAGGUUGGAAGUUCGGGCUAGGAUCAACGGCGAACAACCUGACUAUAGUUCUAAUUACCUUGUGCUCGACCCAAAGCUCCUUGAUUGAUGACGUGAUCGGCGACGAGGGCUGGUGUCACGGACGAGAUUUAAGAUCUCGAGAGGUGGUGAGAGCUGGUGUCAUGAAGCCCGAAAGGCAAGCUCUUGUAAUAUUAUCAGCCAAGGGCCUCAGCCAUCGUCCACCGUUGCACCGACCGCCGACCAAUGGCGGCCCCUCUUUCCGCUUCAACCCUGUCGAGGUUGGAGAAAUGGAGGCCAUACUACAAGCGCAUAAUUAUCAAGUACCAUCACGUGAAAUACUCGAGGCUCUUGCCCAUAGGUUUAGUACCUCUACUGAUAGAGCCGGAAAAGUGGAAGUUUCAUCGAAGCAAGUCUGGAACUGGUUUCAAAAUAGACGAUAUGCUCUUAGAGCUAAGGCAGCUAAGGCUUCUGUUCCUGAGCCGGGGACUGUGGUACCUGUGCAUGACCAAACUACUGUAAGAACUUUACAUCAGGCCCCGACUCAACCUCAGACUCCCAUUCAAUUUCGGCCUCCUAUUUCUCAGGCUCCUCAACCACAGCUUGUCCCAUCAACACAAAAUGCAGGAAGGAUUGCAUCAGAGAAUGCACAAAUGGAAUUUGAAGCUAAAUCUGCCAGAGAUGGUGCAUGGUACGAUGUUGCAUCUUUUCUAUCACAUAGAUCAGUUGAGACUGGGCAUCCGGAUGCUCUUGUUCGUUUUGCUGGGUUUGGACCUGAAGAGGACGAGUGGGUCAAUAUUCGCAAGCAUGUCAGGCAACGUUCACUACCAUGUGAAUCAUCCGAGUGUGUAGCAGUUUUGCCCGGAGAUUUAAUACUCUGCUUUCAGGAAGGCAAAGAACAGGCCCUGUACUUUGAUGCGCAUGUUCUUGACGCACAAAGGCGAAGACAUGAUGUAAGAGGCUGCCGCUGUAGGUUUCUUGUGCGGUAUGAUCACGAUCAAUCUGAGGAAAUCGUGCCCCUCCGGAAGAUUUGCCGCCGACCAGAAACCGAUUACAGACUGCAUCAACUUCAUGCUAUGUCCGUGAAUGUGAAUUCACAAAAAGUCGUUAUCGAUGGCCAGAAAGUAGGGAAUACAUUGAAAGUCGAGGCUGCCGGCGGGCCCACACCCCAAAAGCAGCUCAAACCCGAGGAACGCAUCGAAACUGGGCCCAAAGCGGCCACAGCACAAACUACUCCAACCAAUGCCCCUGUAGCAAGUGAACCUAACAAACCUCCAAUGGUUGAAAUUGUCGAUGCUGAGAAUGAAACUCCCGUUGAAAAUACAAAUGUUUCACAGCCUGAUGUCAUGCAUGUAACCGACACUGUAGUUCCCAAUCCGACAAUGCAGCAGGGAUAG